AUUCUAAUCACUAUAAUUAAUGCAUAUAAUAAUACUAAUAUGUAUAUAUCAAUAGAAACGGCGCCGUUCCUCUCCAAUGUCCCCCAGAUCAAGUUAAACGGCGCCGAUCCUCUCAAAUGCAGCAUGCCCCCUAAACUCUAAAACACGCCAUGCCCCUCUUCCGCACUGUCUCCGCCUCUCAGUCCCGAGUCUCUCGCGUUUCCUCCCACGCCAUAGGGCCCAAAUCGCAAGUCGCAUUUCGCAUCGCCCCCUCUCUCGCGUACACUGGUCAGUGCCGAGUGGUCCCUUACUCUCGCCGUUGCACCUCCCCUCACGGCCUCACUCUCGUGCCGUUCCUGUCGCACACAGAGUCUCGCCGUUGCACCUCCCCUCACGAUGGAUCCUUCAAAUGAAUUAGAAACACCCGACGAUGUUCAACCUUCAACAGAAAGGACCAUGGAAUCAAUAGCGACUAAUGAUCCGCUUUCUCUCAAAUCUAAUGUAAGUAAGCCAUCUACUGGUCCUGGGAGUGGUAGGAAAAGAUCUGUAGUUUGGGAUUAUUUUACAAAGAUUCAAACUGAGGAUAAGUCAAGACCUAGGGCUGCGUGUAACUCUUGUGGGAUGACUUAUGCUUGUGAUCCUAAUAUAAAUGGCACAAAAUCAAUGUUGCGGCACUUAGAAAAAAAAUGUAAGAAGUCUCCACUUAGGAAAGUGGAUAGAAACCAAUCUUUAUUAAGUUUCAAGUCUGGAGAAAGCAGUGGGGGGCUUUUACCUAUUGCUUUUAGUGUUGAGGCUUGUAGAGAAGCUUUAGCAGAAAUGUUGAUUGUUGAUGAGCUUCCUUUUAGAUUUGUGGAAGGGGAGAGCUUUAAGAAAUUUAUGCUUGUUGUGCAACCUAGAUGGGAUGGGAUUCCAUCACGCAUUACAAUUGCAAAAGAUAUCUACAAACUUUUUUUGAGAGAGAAAGACAAGUUGAAAAGUGCUCUUAAGGGGCAGCGCAUUUGUUUAACCACGGAUAUAUGGACAUCCGUGCAAAAUUUUAACUACAUGUGUUUGACUGCACAUUUUAUUGAUGAGAAUUGGAAAAUACACAAAAGAGUUAUCAAUUUUUGUAAAGUGGAAAAACAUAAGGGAGAGACGCUAGGUGAAAAAAUCGAAAUGUGUUUGCUUGAAUGGGGGAGGCCCAAAAUAUUUACAAUUACACUCAAUAAUGCAAAUUCAAAUAAUGAGGCAGUUUCCUAUAUCAAAAGGAAGACAAGGAAUAUAAAGGAUACAAUUUUGGAACAUGAGUUCUUGCAUAUGAGAUGUUGUGCUCAUAUCUUGAACUUGAUUGUUCGGGAUGGGUUGAAAGAAUAUGAUCAAUCAAUUGCACGAAUUAGAGGGGCUGUGAAGUAUGUGAAAUCUUCUCCACAAAGGUGGAAUACAUUUAAGCAAUAUUGUGAUAGUGAGAAUAUUACCAAUAAAAGUGGUUUAUGCUUAGAUGUAGCAACUCAUUGGAACUCCACUUAUAUGAUGUUGGAUAGGGCUGAAAAGUUUCAAAAAGCAUUUCAACGGCUGGAGAAUGAAGAUAAGGAAUAUGUUAAGAGCAUUUGGGAAGAUGAUAGUGAGGAUGAUGAUGGUAUUAGUGAGUUGGGUAAAGGCAGAGCAUCCAAGUUAGGGCCUCCAACCAAGGAUGAUUGGGAUAAGAGUAGGUUGUUUGUAAAAUUUCUAAAACUUUUUUAUGAUGCAACCUUACGUUUCUCAGGGGCCAAUUAUGUCACUUGCAACUGUUUUGCACUUGAGCUAGUGACAAUUAAAUAUGCAAUUAAUUUGGAGUGUGUAGAAGGGCCUCAUAAUUUGAGGACAAUGACAUUUAGUAUGAAAUCUAAAUGUGAGAAGUAUUGGGGAAAUCUUGAAAAAAUGAAUCUUUUGUUGUAUAUUGGGUUGGUUCUUGAUCCGCGAUAUAAAAUGUGUUGUCUAGGAUUUUGUUUUGAAGAAUUAUAUGAUGAUGACAAUGAGAAAGUUUGUAUGUUGGUGGGUCGGGUUAAAGAUGCAUUGACUCGUUUGUACAAUAAUUAUUGUGAAAAUAACGAAAGUGAUGUUGGGGCACAAGAUCAAAUUAUGAGCCAAUCAAGCAUGGGAGGGGCUAGUACUACAAGUUCAACUACUUGUGUAGGUCAAGAUGCUUACAAAUCACUUAAAAUGGCUCUUAAGAAGCGUUUGGAGUUGGAAAACGCUUUGGAGAGUAAAUCUGAAUUGGAGAUAUAUUUAUCUGAAAAAUGUGAAAAAGAUGAUGCGAAAUUCGACUUGUUGACUUGGUGGAAGGUUAACUCCUUUAGAUACCGUGUGCUUUCAAGAGUUGCGCGGGAUGUUCUUGCAAUUCCGAUAUCUACAAUGGCAUCUGAGUCGGCUUUUAGCACAGCAGAUCGAGUACUUGAUCCUUUCCGCAGUAGCCUAUCUCCACUUAUGGUAGAAGCCCUUAUUUGUACACAGAAUUGGCUUCAUUCUUCUUCUGCCCCGAUUAACCUUCACACUUUAAUGGAUGAUGUUGAGGAGUUUGAGAAAUUUGACAUAGAGCUCAAGGAAGACCUAGGGAGUUUUUCAAGACCUACUUCUUUGGUGGGAGAUGAUUAAAUUUAAGAUGCCAUGUUGGAGGAUGAUGAUAGGCAAUUUUGAAGCACUGCAUCUAUACAGUUUGUACACAAGUCUCUAAACUCUUGUUGUGAUCCUAGUUCCAUUUUGCAGGCGAUCUCCUCUUAAAGCAUCUCGGAGAUGAUUUGUAGAUUCAUUUUUCAGUACCAAUGUUUUGUUGUUCAGCAUCUUUAUCAUGUCUGAAUUCCCGAAAAUUUUCAUGAUCUAGCCUGUUGCUGAGAUAGCUAAAUGCUAGAGGUCUCACUACACUGCAUCUGAAACAAUUAAUUUCAUUUAUUUUCCUAAAAAUGACAGAAAUCUUCAGUUGCACAGCUUACA